AAGAUGACUCAGUUCCUGCCCCCCAACCUUCUGGCCCUGUUUGCGCCCCGAGACCCCAUCCCGUACCUGCCACCCCUGGAGAAGCUGCCACACGAAAAACACCACAAUCAACCUUAUUGUGGAAUUGCACCCUACAUCCGUGAGUUUGAGGACCCUCGAGAUGCGCCUCCCCCGACUCGUGCAGAAACCCGGGAGGAACGUAUGGAGAGGAAGAGGCGGGAAAAGAUUGAGCGGCGGCAACAGGAAGUGGAGACGGAACUGAAAAUGUGGGAUCCACACAACGAUCCCAACGCUCAGGGGGAUGCUUUUAAGACUCUCUUCGUGGCAAGAGUGAACUAUGACACAACAGAAUCAAAGCUCCGGAGAGAGUUUGAGGUGUACGGACCCAUCAAAAGAAUACACAUGGUCUACAGCAAGCGCUCUGGGAAGCCACGCGGUUACGCCUUCAUUGAGUACGAGCAUGAGCGGGACAUGCACUCCGCUUACAAGCACGCAGAUGGCAAGAAGAUUGACGGCAGGAGGGUUCUCGUGGAUGUGGAGAGGGGCCGAACUGUCAAGGGCUGGAGGCCCCGGAGGUUGGGAGGCGGCCUGGGUGGUACCAGAAGAGGUGGGGCCGACGUGAAUAUCCGGCAUUCAGGCCGUGAUGACACCUCCCGCUACGAUGAGAGGCCCGGCCCCUCCCCGCUUCCACACAGGGACCGGGAUCGGGACCGCGAGCGGGAGCGCAGAGAACGGAGCCGGGACAGAGACAAGGAACGGGAACGGCGACGCUCCCGCUCUCGGGACCGGCGGCGGCGCUCACGGAGUCGCGACAAGGAGGAGAGAAGACGCUCCAGGGAGCGGAGCAAGGACAAGGACCGGGAGCGGAAGCGGCGAAGCAGUCGGAGCCGCGAGCGGGCCCGACGGGAGCGGGAGCGCAAAGAGGAACUGCGUGGGGGUGGGGGCGGCGGAGGCGGCGGCGACAUGGCAGAGCCUUCUGAGGCCGGUGAUGCACCUCCUGAUGAUGGGCCUCCUGGGGAGCUUGGCCCUGAUGGCCCGGAGGGGCCAGAAGAGAAGGGCAGAGAUCGGGACCGGGAUCGUCGGCGGAGCCACCGCAGCGAAAGGGAACGGCGCCGGGACCGAGAUCGGGACCGAGAUCGCGAGCACAAGCGGGGGGAGAGGGGUGGGGAGAGGGGCAGGGAGGAGGCCCGAAGUGGAGGGGGUGGGGGCGGCCAGGACAACGGGCUGGAGGGUCUGGGUAAUGACAGCCGUGACAUGUAUAUAGAGUCUGAGGGGGGUGACGGCUACCUGGCCCCAGAAAAUGGGUACUUGAUGGAGGCGGCACCAGAGUGAAUAGGCCUCAGCACCUGUGUUAUCUGGAGUGUUCCUACCACCCUCUGCUGUUAAUCCCCCCCAACCCACCCCACCCCAAGUCCCUGUUGGCCACUUAAGUUUGCCAGCCACGGAUAGGAGUCUCAUUUGUUCUGACCCUUGGAUUUAAAAAUAAAAUUAAUUUCCUGUUGAUGUGG